AUAGUAAUGGUGUUUAGAACUGCAAAGGAUAUGAAUUAUAUAUUUAUUCAAAAAAAUUGCAGUUAUAAAAACGUAUGAAAAAUGAUGUAUUCAAUUUUGAAGGUAUAAAAAUUAAGUUUUAAUCUUUAAUUAAAUAAUUUAAGAUACCUAUGUGAUAUUGGUUUUGUCAAAUUAUGUAAAUAUUUAACUUUAACGCAUAUAAAAACUUGUGUCUAUACAGUAAACACACACAUCUGCACAUUGGAAAACGAUUAUAAUUCAAUAUUCUGUUUAGAAUCCAAAAUGUCUAAAGCCUUGUUUACUAUGGUGAAAUUAUAAUUGUUUAGAAAAAAAAUACAAAUAAUAAACUUGACAAUAACAGAAUUAUUUAUGACAGUCAUACAUAAAAUAUAAGUAAUGCACCAGCGUCGUCCUUUCAUUAAAACAAUUAAAAUUGUAGAAUUCUAAGAAUUUAUUACGGCUCAAGUUUAUGAGUAAUUUUUAAUUUCUACCGUAUUUAUUUCAUACUAUAUAAUUAUAAUAAAAGUUGCAGUUGAAUUUCAUGAUGGAUUCGUAUACCCACCUAUAAACUUUGGUAGUAUUGAAAGGGUAAAAAAACUCGAAGGGUAUGAGAAAUACGGAGUAUAAAUUAUAAUAUUGAUAGGAACUUAAUUGCAUGGCAACAGGUAUUGUAAACAUGAAAUCUAUAGACAACCAUGCACUCAUAACAUAAAUAAAUUAUUUGAUCGAUGAGCCACCUCCCAUAUAUAAAUAGAAGUGUUGCCAAGAUCCGUUUCAUACGAACGGUGGAUGUUUGUACACGCGCAUUCAGUGAUUCGCUGUCAUGAUGGACAUUCAGAACGAGAAGCACCAUGUUUUCAACAUCAGAUUAGCGAAUUUCAUAGGAUUAUAUCAAAUCUUAGAUCCCGGAACAAUACGGUUUCGAGGUCGAAACGUAUACCAAAUUUUCGUUGCGUUCUUUGUGUUGUACACGGCAGUUAUAUCGAUGGCGUUGUUCGUCGACUGUUUGCAUUUAUGGACUUAUAAUAUGUCUAUGAGUUUAUUGGAUUGUUUUGUAGCAACAAACUCAUUUUACGCGUGCUACAAGAUGUGGAUCGUCAUUUACCGUUCGAACGAUAUAUGGGACUGUCUGUCAAUCACGCGGUACGGUUUUACGUCGUUUAUCAACCGGAAGCGGAACGGACAUGACAUACUGGAUCUUUGGCGAUCGCGUUCAGUCUGGUACACCAGCUUGUUAGCCAGCGCGUAUGUUUCGUCGGUGGUAAUAUUCACAUUAGGUUUUCUGGCAUUCGGUAACGCUCUAAUACCGAUCAAAAAUCACGACGGUUCGUUCGGUGAUUACCGUCAGAACAUUUUAAAUUUGUAUUUUCUCUUAUCUGACGAGACGUACAAUACGUUUUUUGUUAUCGAGAUGUUGUUCACUGUCGCUAUUGCAUCAUUUAUCCUUGUAUUUGAUACACUUUUGCUGACACUGUGCUUGGCUAUAUGCUGUCAUAUGCAAAUGGUUUGCACUGCGUUUAAAUCGGUCAACCACAAAUCACUAAGUGACUGCUCUCAUUCCUCUUCAAUUGAUAACAACGAUGAAAAACAAAUUAUAUCUAAUAAACAUGAUUUAAUAUAUGAUGAAUUAAUAAAAAUUAUUAUGGACCAUCAAGCUGUUAUUAAGAAAUUUGAAUUAUUUUUAAAUAUAUUUGAACGAGUCAUGUUGUCGCACAUUUUUGUUUCGUCGAUUUCACUCAUCAUACUUUGGUUUAAUUUAAUAAUGAAAAUUUUCAAUGAUAGUACAUUAGCGAUUUAUGGCGAUACGACAAUAAAAACCAUUGUGGCAAUUCCUACAGUCUUGUUUCAAAUAUUUAUGGCGUGUUAUUUAUUUGAAAGUGUACACAACCAAAAAGAUUCAAUAGUAUAUGCAUUGUACAGCAGUAAUUGGACCGAAAUGGACAUGAAGUGUAAAAAAUUGAUAUUAUUAACAAUGAAAUUGAAUAAUGCUAAUCAGAAAACGUUAAGGUAUACGCGAACAAGAGUUGUAAAUUUGGAAAUGUUUUUUAAAACAAUGGGCCAUUGUUACACAGUUGUAUCGGUUUUAAUAAAUUGUAUAAAUUUAAAGAAUGAUUAAUUUUUGUUCACUUUUUUUUUAAUUUAAAUAAUUUUUUGAUUAUUUUAUAUCAUUAUACAAUUAUUAUAACAACACUUACAAUAAUAUGAUUAAUUAUAAAUGGAUAAUUAUGUUAUUAUUCCAAUUUAUGUAGAUUUAUAGAUAUGUAGAAAUACAUCAAAAUAUAAUUGUUAUUAGUGCUUAUAUAUCUAUAAUCUAUAUUGUAUUUUAUUUUUUAUUAAUAAUACAGUCAACCACAUAAGUGUUGUGGUUUUUUAAAUACAAUUAACAACGUGAAUCAUAAAAUUCUAAAAAAAGGAAAUUAACAUAACUGCAAUAAGAGAAAUUAAAAUAAAAUUGUAUUUGUAAAAAUUUAUUUUGAUUAAUGUUAUUCAUAUCAUGUUGCUUUUUGUACCUAAUUAAUCCGGCUAGUUAUCGCGUAUUGUAUUGCCUAUGUGUGCAUUUUAGGGCGUUGUUUUCUUUUAUUCUUAGCGUGACCCUACUGGG